AUGGCCUCAGCUGAAGCUUCUGCAGACGAUCAUCAACGCGCUGUUCUUGAACGACAAUUGCAUGGUCUACCGAACGAUGCAGAACAGCCAAAUUCCAAGCCAAACAUUAUCAUCUACGCGACAAGACUGGACAAAGUCAUUCUCAGCCUAAGCUCCAUCUGUGCCAUCAUUGCUGGUGCCUUGAAUCCUCUUGUUCCUGUUAUCUAUGGCCUUCUCGUCAGCGUAUUCAAUGGCUUCAGCAAUGGAUCAGUGGAAGCUUCUGAGCUACGCUCCGAGAUUUCCACCUUUAGUCUCUACUAUGUCUACCUAAGUAUUGCUCUUUUCGUCUUCACUUACCUGGGCACCCUUGGCUUCUACUUCAGUGGCGAUCGCAUCGCCAGAGCCUUACGCAUAGCCUACCUUGAGGCUGUCAUACGCCAAAACAUGGCCUUUUUCGAUGUUUUGCGCCCCGGAGAGAUCUCCACCCGUAUCAUGUCCGAUAUGGGUAUUCUUCAGGAAGCCAUCACGAGUAAAACAUCAAUCAUGCUCAGCGCCGUUGCUACUUUCUGUGCUGCUUUCAUCAUCUCCUUCAUCAUGUACUGGAAGACCGCUCUAAUACUGAGCCCCUUUUUCGUUACUAUGCUUCUCAUGUUUUCUGUCGGUGGUUCAUAUAGUGUGAAGCAUCAGAAAGUGUCGAGACAAAAGUACGGUCAUGCGGCUGGUAUCCCGGAAGAAGCCUUUGGUGCUAUCAGGCAAGUAGCUGCUUUUGGGAUGCAGACCUUUGUGAAAGAAAAAUAUUCCCAGGGUCUGAAGGAAGCGGCAGUAGCAGAACGAAAGGCACAGAUCAUUGUCGCUUGUCUGAUCGCCUCCAUGUGCGCCAUGCCGUGUCUCAUCUAUUCUCUUUCGUUCUGGACAGGAUCAAUCUUCUUAGUUAGGGGCGAGACGUCCGUGUCUGCCAUCACAUCGACUACACUGGCAGUAACGAUUGGUAUGUUUGCCAUCAUUCGCAUUGCUCCCUCCAUGCAAGCACUCGUUUCUGGUAUUGCUAUCUCUGGAUCUUUGUUCGAGACGAUAUCCAGAAGAUCUCCACAGGAUCCUUUAGGUGAUAAGGGGGAGCUUCCGGGAUCCUUAUCUGGAAACAUCCAAUUGAAUAAUGUCGACCUUGUCUACCCUUCUAGAGACCAGGCAAAAGUACUGGACAAUAUCACUUUGCAGUUCUCUGCCAACAAAACGACUGCCAUAGUUGGCCCAUCUGGAGGUGGAAAAAGUAGCAUCUUGGGUCUUGUUGAACGAUUCUAUGAACCCACCAGUGGCUCAGUUUCCGUGGAUGGAAAUGACAUCCAGUCCCUCAAUCUGCGCUGGCUCCGGCAACAGAUUGGACUGGUCGAUCAAGACCCCAUUCUUCUUGAUACUUCCAUUUCCGAGAAUAUCUGGUACGGCUGCGCAGAUGCAAAUGACACAACACCUGAGAGCAAGCGCCUUGAUUUGGUUAUCGACGCGGCCAAGAAGGCGUAUGCUCACGACUUCAUCAUGGCUUCACCAAACGGGUACCAGACCCGUGUUGGUGAGAAGGGAAUGCAGUUGUCGGGGGGUCAAAGACAACGAAUUGCAAUUGCUCGUGCACUCAUUCGAGACCCCAAGAUUCUUCUCCUGGAUGAAGCCACUUCUGCUCUCGACUCAGCAUCAGAAAAGGCCAUCCAGGCCGCUAUCGACAUUGCAUCCAAGCACCGUACCACAAUCAUCAUUGCUCAUAGACUAUCAACUAUCAGGAACGCCGACCUGAUUGUUGUGUUGAGUCGAGGUCAGGUUGCUGAUCAGGGCACUCACGAUGAACUCAUGGCUCGGAAUGGGUUGUAUGCAGACCUGAUCGAGAAGCAGCAGAUCAAAGAAGAAAGCCAGAAACAGGCUGGUGCUUCAAUUGGUCAGGAUGAUGAGGUCGAUGUAAUGCUACCUGGAACACAGGGGGCUCCUCAAGAAUCAGAGAAUGAGAAGGCUGGAACCACUGAGGCAACAAUACUUGAAGAUACAACGAAUGGAAACACUGAUCUAUCUGUGCCUAACAGGAAACGUGCUUUCUCGUUCCUGCUCGCCAUGAGUAAGCCAAACUGGAAGGUUCUCACAAUCGGUCUCAUCUGCUCCCUCCUCGCAGGCUUAGAAAUUCCAGCCGAAUCCAUCUUCUUCGCCAAGCUGCUCACAAUCAUUGGCCUCCCUGAGAACAAGUACUCCCAACUCAGGAGAGAUGUAAACCUGUGGUCUGGCCUCUACGUUGCUCUCGCAGCGGCAGGAUUUGUAUUCUGGUUGGGUGUUGGAACAACUCUGGCAUAUGCUACACAGAAACUCUCGAAACGCGUCCGAGAAACAUGUUGUGAUAAAAUCACUGUUCAAAGUAUGGAAUUCUUUGAUGAGGCCAACAACUCUCCCAGUGCACUUUCCAAUGCCCUUUCAAAAGGCACUGACGACCUCGCCGGGAUGGGCGGCUCAGUCAUGGGCGGCAUUCUGACCUUUACAGCUACCAUUAUCGGCGGUAUUGCUGUUUCUCUCGCCGUCGGAUGGAAAUUGGCCCUGGUGUGUACAGCCACGAUCCCAGUCGUUGUGGCCUGCGGAUGGCUACGUCUCCAAGUCCUUGCUGCGUUUGACGCUCGCAUCAGACAAAGCGGAGUGGACUCGGCUGCAUACGCCGGCCAGAUCGUGAGAUCAAUGAGGACUGUGGCUUCCUUGGGCCUGGAGAAGCGAGUACUUGGUAUGUACGGCGGGUUCCUAUCCAACCAUGCAGCCAAGUCUCUCCGAUCGAUACUUGUCACUUCUGCUCUAUAUGCUGCGUCGCAAUCUGUCGUCUACUUGUGUGCCGCGCUGGGUUUCUGGUAUGGCGGAACUCUGAUCGCCAAUGGAGAGUAUUCUGCUUUUCAAGUCUACGUCUGUUUCGUCUGCCUUAUUUCAGGAUCUCAAAUUGCUGGAUCCAUUUUCACUUUUGCCCCUGACGCUGGCAAGGCAAUGCACGCCGCUCAAGAACUUCAGAAGAUUGCGGAGCUUCCGGACGGCGAGAAGGAAAUACAAUCAUUCCAUGCCACCGAGCACACACACGAGAAGAAAGCAGUACCAAGUCAUCUUCUAGAUGGACCUGACCCUUGGCAAGUGAAAUUCCAGGACGUCUCAUUUGCAUACCCCUCACGUCCUCACAAGCCUGCUCUGAACCACUUCACUGUAUCUGUUGAGCCAGGUAAAACACUUGCUCUGGUCGGUCAGAGUGGCAGUGGUAAGAGUACUUGUCUUGCUUUACUGGAGCGUUUCUACGCACUACAACAUGGGCAGAUUCUCGUUGACGGGCAAGACAUCCGCAGCCUUGAUCUGAACAGUUAUCGACUAGCAAUUUCACUAAUCAGUCAAGAAGCCGUCAUAUUCUCAAGUUCUAUGAGGGAAAAUAUCGCAGUUGGCGUUGUGGGACACGAUGUCAGUGACGAUGAGAUUUUGGCCGCGUGUCGUCAAGCAAAUAUCCUCGACUUUGUCAAUUCCCUACCUGACGGACUCGCAUCACCAGUAGGAACAGGUGGUAGUAUGCUCAGCGGCGGCCAAAAACAACGCAUCGCCAUCGCCAGGGCAUUUUUACGAAAGUCUAAGCUACUCUUGCUUGAUGAGGCUACAUCUGCAUUAGACAGUGAAUCCGAGGCAGUCGUGCAGACAGCCAUCGAGGCGGUCAAGAAGAACCGGACAACGAUCAUGGUAGCUCAUCGAUUGAGCACAGUUAUGAAUGCUGACGUGAUAUGUGUCAUGCGUGAGGGAUCUGUAGCUGAGAUAGGUAGUCCGCAGCACUUGCUGGCGAGGAGGGGAUUGUUUUGGGAGAUGGUGAACAUGCAGAGUCUGAACUGA